CAUUAUUGCAUUGGUGGGCCCUAAACUCGCGAUGCAGCUAACCAGUUUGUAAGACAAACGACAGGGGUGAACCAAGACCUUGUAACGCCUCUUUCUUUAAAGCUAUCAACUUACAUAUAUACACCCGCCGAGGACGACCGUAUAAAAACAACCAUUGUAGUCCCAAAUCACAAUACAUCAUGAAUAAUAACCAACACCAGCCGGAACAAGAUAAUGUCGAAAAACACAUUCCCGCGGAAAUACAAGAUAUGUCUGACGAGGAGAUCAAAGUCGAAUUCCGGUCCAGCCAGGCAUGCAAAAGGUGCCUGCAAUACUUUCACCCGGAGCUGACGAGUCCCUCACCCGGUCGCCAUCUCCUGGUAGCUAUCGCAGAUGUACCACAUAAGAUACUGCAUGAAAACCCAGACAACCUUGCAGAUGGCAUCAAGCAAGGCUGCUGGUGGUGCAACCGGGUCCUCUUGGCGAUCCAAAAAACGCAUGGUCCGAUGACUAUCAAGCACUUGCUCAGGAUCUAUCCAGGCUUCCAUUCCUUCUCCCGUGGCCUGGAAGACUGGAAUGAGGGCAGCGCAACUUGUUUCCUCACGUGGAGAAUGACUGAGGGGUCGUUGCGUGACGCGGUGUGGUUUGGGCGUAAAGAUUGGGCGCGGUCCCCACGAGGCAUUUGUUUCAAGCCAGAUUCCACCCGCAGCGGGGAUCCAUUCGAGUAUCUCCCGCGUUGGAUGUACCGACUCGGCAAACUGGAAGGAAACACGGGCUCGCAGCGCACGAUGGAAUAUAUCGCAGCCCAAAUUCGCAAGUGCAUGGAGACUCAUGAGAGUUGUCGUGUGCCCUCCAAGUCUACUUGGUAUCUCCGGCGGCUAUUGCAGAUUCUGUCGUCCGACGACCGGGCCACUGUUACAGGGCUACGCCUAGUGGAAACGGAAGAAACACCAAUUCACGGCCCGUAUGCUACGCUUAGUUAUUGCUGGGGGAGUAAACCCAACUUGACUUUAAAGUUGGAUAAUUAUAAGGAAUAUCGCAUCACGGGGAUGCCGGCCUUCGUAAUACCGCAGCUGUUCCUGGAUGCGGCGUUUGUUACGAUGAAGGUUGGGGCUGGAUAUAUCUGGAUUGACUCAUUG